AUCAUGACUACUUCACAAAGAGCAACUCUGCUGUGACCUGGAUGUGACUAACAGGCGGCGGUACCGUCUCAAACUAAAUCAACCUCCACAUUUUAUCAAAUUUCUUAAAUAUUCGACGAUCUUCUUCUCUGUCCUCCGCAGAGAGUAGACGGUGGAAGUGGUAUUUUGCGCGAGGUCUGAGUGUUGCUGUUACCAGAGGCCAUCGGGUUUCCAGGCGAAACCAGUCCGCCCUUGCCAUGCUCUCUUCGGGCAGGACCGUCUCCUCCCGUCUCCUCAGGACGGCCAACUGGUUUCCUUUUACCCGGCCACCGUCAGACUGCAGAGCCGCUAGCACUCUGAAGACAGAGUUGAUAAAGAAACGUGAGUUGGAGAAAGAUGAACUCCGCCCGCUCUACAUGGACAUCCAGGCCACUACACCUAUGGACCCCCGUGUGUUGGAUGCCAUGUUGCCCUACCAGGUGAAUUACUAUGGUAACCCUCAUUCCAGGACACACGCCUAUGGCUGGGAGAGUGAAAGUGCCAUGGAGACUGCCAGAAAGCAAGUUGCUGAUCUGAUUGGAGCUGAUCCCAGAGAGAUAAUCUUCACCAGUGGAGCAACUGAGUCCAACAACAUGGCCAUUAAGGGUGUGGCCAGGUUCUACCAGGGUAAGAAGCGUCACGUGAUCACCACUCAGACAGAACAUAAAUGUGUCCUGGACUCGUGUCGAGUUCUGGAAGCUGAAGGAUUCAGCAUCACUUACCUGCCAGUCCAGAAGAAUGGACUGCUGGAUCUGGAGCUCCUUGAGGCCUCCAUGCGUCCCGACACAUCUCUGGUAUCAGUGAUGACUGUCAAUAACGAAAUUGGAGUCAAGCAGCCCAUCAAAGAAAUUGGUCAGAUUUGUCGUUCCAAAGGAGUCUUCCUCCACACUGAUGCUGCUCAGGCUGUCGGAAAAAUUCCCAUCAAUGUCUCCGACUGGAGGAUUGACUUGAUGUCCAUCAGCGGUCACAAGAUCUAUGGACCCAAAGGUGUCGGGGCUUUAUAUGUGCGUCGUCGACCCCGGGUGCGGAUGGAGCCUCUGCAGAAUGGAGGUGGGCAGGAGAGGGGGCUGCGCUCUGGCACCGUCCCCACCCCACUGGCUGUGGGACUGGGAGCUGCCUGCAGCAUCGCCCAGCAGGAGAUGGAGUAUGAUCAUGACAGAGUGUCCAUGUUGGCUGAUCGUCUAGUCCACAAGCUCAUGUCUGAGCUACCAGAUGUUAUAAUGAACGGAGAUCCAGAGCAACGAUACCCUGGCUGUAUCAACCUGUCCUUUGCCUAUGUGGAAGGGGAGAGUCUGUUGAUGGCACUGAAAGAUGUUGCGCUGUCGUCUGGCAGUGCAUGCACGUCAGCGUCUUUGGAGCCAUCUUACGUACUCAGAGCGAUUGGAGCAGAUGAGGACUUGGCUCAUUCUUCUAUCAGAUUUGGUAUUGGCAGAUUCACCACAGAGCAGGAGGUGGACUACACAGCAGAGAAAUGUAUCCAACAGGUUUAUAGACUCAGAGAGAUGAGUCCUCUGUGGGAGAUGGUUCAGGAAGGCAUCGACCUGAAGAGCAUCAAGUGGACGCAGCACUAGACUCCUCCCACUACCAGUCUGCUUCCUGGUUCCCAGGGAAAUCUGUGAACAGACUACUUUUUUUCUUCCUGUAAACAAACACGCACAAACGUCCUGUCUGACUUGAAGUCUGUAGCUAUAGCUCUGUGUGUCAGUAGAUUCUGUACUUGCUUUCAGAAGAUGUUGCUCAGAGAGUCGAGCGGCAAUCUCUGUUAUUUUCGGAUAUAAUUAUGGACAGAGAAAUUAUUAUUUUAAUCUAUGAACAUCUUACUUUCCUAGUACUUUGUGGUUAGUUGCAGAAUCUAUAUCCCCAUCAUGGUAGAGGAAAUGACAUCAUGGCACAGAUAGGGCUGUAGUCAGGCUGUCAGGUUUCUGUUCAUUUAAAUUGAACCUGGUAGUGUUUCAACUUCAUUUUCAACAUAAACUGUGACUUGAAGGUCCAGUGGGUAACAAUUAGGAAAGGUUUGUUGGCAGAAAUUGAUUAUACUACCCAUAGGUAUGUUUGUAUAAGUGUAUAAUCACUUUAACCUAAAACAUUUUUUAAUGACUAAGCUUUUACAGAGGCCUCCAUCUUUCGCCGUUAUGUUUCUACAGCAGCCCAAAUGGAUCUGAGUUUCCCCUUAAGCUAUAUCAACUAACUAAAGGGAAAAGUGGAUGUGGAAAUAUCUUAAUGUAAUUUCUGAUAUGUGAAGACCACCAUAGUUCCCUGAUGCAGUGGGAAAGAGGGGUGAGCCGAGGAGUCUUCCGUUUGUUACAAUCUGCAGUCUCAUAAUUCUUAAACAAUGGAUUUAAAAGAUGAAUUCCAUUCAUGAAAAAUGUCAUAGGUUUAACUAGUCAUCAUAACAAACAACAUAUUUGCCAUAUUUUGGUGAUGAACUCCAGUGAAACCAGCAGCAUUAUGAUGCUUAAAAAAAAGCUGCGUUUAACACAGAUAAAAAAAUCUCCAAUGUGACAUCGUGAUGCACAAGAAGAUGACAGGAAACGUAAAUGACAAAGGUCAAGCUAGUAAUGACAACUCAAGACGGAGUUAAAUUCACUUUGUUUCUCAUCGUUAAUGUUUUGUUUGUGCACCAACAGCAGUCUGCAGUGAACAUCCAAUCAAACAGUGUUGCCAUCAACACUAUUAAGACUGAAGCUGUGACCACAACAGUACAUUUCUGAAAUGGUUAAUAGCUAAUAGCUUCAAUCCAGUCUCCACAUAUUAAAAAGAUUAAUGAUGAGGCUGAUUCCCAAAAAACAGAAGUGUCAUUUGACAAAUCUUGGUACUUUUGUCUGUUGUAUUACAUUGUGUUCCUGGAUGUAGUCAGCUGAGCCUCUGACACUGUCAUAUAAUAUAUUAGUGUUCAAUAAACUGCUGAUUAAUGGCUAUGCAAUAAAA